UGUCACAACUGUCUGCAGCUGCUUGAGCUCCGUGGCAUGCCCUCAGUUAUACCGGGAUUUAGGUGGAGGUUUUCACGAGAAAGAUAGUUAUGUCGGAGGUACGGAAAUUUACCAAAAGGUUGAGUAAACCAGGAACUGCGGCGGAACUCAGGCAAAGCGUCUCCGAGGCUGUGAGGACAUCGGUGAUUGUGGAGCAGCCUAAGAUCAUUGAGCCGUUGGACUAUGAGAACGUGGUGUUCCAGAGGAAAGCCCAGAUCCACAGUGACCCUCACAGAGACCUGUUGCAGUGUCCUGUCGACGACAUCUCGGAGUCUCAGAUCUCUCGUCAGAGGAGGACCGUGGUUCCCUCCGUGCCCCAGAAUGCAGAGAGGGACGCCAAGAGCCUGUUUGCCAAAGAGUGCAUCAAGACUUACAACACGGACUGGCAUGUCAUCAACUACAAAUAUGAAGCGUACUCGGGAGAUUUCCGCAUGCUCCCAACGAAAGGCCUGAAGAUGGACAAGCUGCCGGCUCACGUGUUUGAGAUCGAUGAAGACGCAAAAGAUGAGGACUCGUCCUCUCUGUGCUCUCAGAGAGGGGGUAUCAUGAAGCAGGGCUGGCUGCAGAAAGCCAACAUCAACAGCAGCCUGUCUGUCUCCAUGAGGGUGUUUAAGAGGAGGUAUUUCUACCUGUCCCAGCUGCCAGACGGCUCCUACAUCCUCAACUCCUACAAGGAUGAGAAGAACUGCAAGGACACCAAAGGAUCCAUCUACCUGGACUCCUGUAUAGACGUCAUUCAGUGUCCUAAGAUGCGCCGUAACGGCUUUGAGCUGAAGAUGCAGGAGCGCUACAGCCACCUCCUUUCUGCGGACAGCGAGGCGGAGAUGGAGGAGUGGGUGGUCACCCUGAAACAGGCCCUGCAGAGCAGCACUGAGGGAGGAGAUAGGAGGAACGGAGGAGACGGCUUAGACUGUGCCCUGGAUGAGGACAGCAGCAGCCAGGGGAAAGGAGAGAGCCUAUUGGAGAGUCUGGGGAGGAGCCUUCACCCUGAACUCAACAAGUAUGCCAGGGAAACAGACCAGCUCAAUAAAAUGAACAGGAACGAGGGGAGACAAAAGCUUUUCUCUCUGGACCCUGAAACACAGAGGUUGGACUUCUCGGGUAUAGAGCCUGAUGUGAAGCCGUUUGAGGAGCGUUUUGGCCGGCGCAUCGCCGUCAGCUGCCAUGACCUCACCUUCAGUCUGCAGGGCUGUGCCAACGAGAGGGGGGACGGGGUCCUCACCAACGUGGAGCCGUUCUUCAUCAGCUUGGCCCUGUUUGACGUGUCUAAGAGCUGUAAGAUCUCUUCAGACUUCCACGUGGACCUCAACCCUCCCUGUGUACGAGAGAUGCUGACUGACACCUCUCCACUCUCCCCUACAUCAGAGGGAGGAGGAGGAGGAGGAGGAGGAGGGGUGAAUGGAGGAGUCAACGGGGAUGCAGGGAAAGGGAAUGGUCUCCCCGUUCUACAAAGGGUGUCUGAGUCUCUGCUGCAAUACCCCACUCAGGGUAUCUUCUCGGUGACCAACCCCCAUGCUGAUAUUUUCCUGGUGGCCAGAGUGGAGAAGGUCCUACAGAACGGCAUUACACACUGUGCUGAGCCCUACAUCAAGACUUCAGACAUCAACAAGACAGCCCAGAAGGUGCUGAAGGCUGCCAAGCAGACGUGUCAGCGCCUGGGCCAGUACAGGAUGCCCUUCGCCUGGGCUGCCAAGCAAGUGUUUAAAGAUGCCCAGGGCAGUCUGGACAUGGACGGGAAGUUCUCUCCUCUCUAUCGCCAGGACAGCAGCAAGAUCUCCACCGAUGACCUCAUCAAGAUGCUGGCUGAUAUCAGGAAGCCAGAGAAGAGCAAGCUGCAGACUAUCCCUGGACAACUGAAUGUCACCAUCGAGUGUGUGCCUCCGGACUUCUCAAACACGGUGACCUCGUCGUACAUCCCAGUCAAGCCCUUUGAGGAGAAGUGUGAGAGGGUCUCAGUGGAGAUGGAGGAGUUUCUCCCUGAGGAGGCCAAGUACAACUACCCCUUCACUGUCUACAAGAACCACCUGUAUAUCUAUCCCCUGCAGCUGAAAUACGACAACCAGAAGACCUUCGCAAAGGCAAGAAACGUAGCGGUGUGUGUACAGUUCAGAGACUCUGACGAAGAAAGCGCGGCCCCUCUAAAGUGUAUCUACGGAAAGCCAGGAGAGACACUCUUCACCACCAGUGCCUGUGCGGCCGUCCUCCACCACAACCAGAGCCCUGAGUUUUACAACGAGGUAAAGAUUGAGCUGCCGGUCCAUGUCCAUGAGAAACACCACAUCCUCUUUACCUUCUACCACAUCAGCUGUGAGAUCAGUACCAAGACCAGCACCAAGAAGAGAGAGGGAGUGGAGUCCCUAGUGGGCUACUCCUGGGCCCCCCUGUUGCAGGACGGCAGGAUGCAGUCCAUAGAGCUACAGCUGCCUGUGUCUGCCACCCUGCCCCCAGGAUACCUCUAUGACAAGACCCAGGACGCCAAGAAGUCAGCGCCCGAUAUAAAAUGGGUAGAAAACAACAAGCCACUGUUCAAAGCGAAGACCAAUGUAGCGUCAACAAUAUACCCCCAGGAUCUGCACCUCCACAAGUUCUUCCAGCACUGCCAGCUGAUGAGGUCCUCCUCAGAGGGCAACCCAGCAGAACUCAUCAAGUAUCUGAAGUGCCUGCAUGCCAUGGAGACUAAGGUCAUCAUUAAGUUCCUCCCCACUGUGCUGAUGCAGCUGUUUGAGGUCCUCAACACAGCAACCAAAGAGGCCACCGAAAUCGCUGUCAACUCCACCCGUGUGAUUAUACACAUCGUUUCCCGGUGCCACGAGGAGGGACUGGAAAACUAUCUGCGCUCUUUUCUCAAGUACGUGUUUGUGAACAACAGCCCAGUGUCUGGGAACUCUGGGACCACUCAUGAGGUGCUGGCCACCGCCGUCACAGCCAUCCUCAAACAGACAGCGGACUUCAACACCAGCAAUAAGCUACUCAAGUAUUCCUGGUUCUUCUUCGAGACCAUGGCCAAGUCCAUGGCCCAGUACCUGCAGGAGGGCAACAGGAUCAAGAUGCCCCGUGCCCAGAGGUUCCCAGACAGUUUCCACCAGGCCCUACAGUCCCUGCUACUGUCCAUCAUGCCUCACAUCACCAUCCGCCAUGUUGAGAUUCCCGAGGAGGCCCGCUGUGUCAACCUCAGCCUGGCUGGCUUCAUCAAGCGCUGUCUCACCUUCAUGAACAGAGGCUUUGGCUUCAGCCUGGUCAACGACUACAUGUGUGGCUUCACCCUUAAAGACCCCAAGGUCUUGACCGAGAUGAAGUUUGACUUCCUCAUGACGGUGUGUAACCACGAGCACUACAUCCCGCUUAACCUGCCCAUGGCUUUUGGACGUACCAAGCUCCAGAGAGUUCAGGAUUUUAUUUCGUACGCGACGGAGAUUUUUGGCGCAGUAGAUCAGAGCCUGGAGUCUGCGCUGACGGAGGAUUACUGUAAGAACCACUUCCUGGUUGGUCUGCUGCUGAGGGAGGUGGCCGAGGCCCUACAGGGGUCACCAGAGGUCAGACAGCUGGCCGUGGCCGUCCUGAAGAACCUUCUCAUCAAACACGCCAUGGACGACCGUUACACCCAGUACAAGAAUCAGCAGGCCCGUAUCUGUCUACUGUACCUGCCACUGCUGGAGCUGCUCUACCAGAACCUCAAACAGCUGUCUGCCCAGCAUCACACCUCUAGCCCCGGCCUGGGCUUCACCGGCUCCAGAGAUGACUUGAGAUCAACCGGCUUGAUGGACAGCCGCAGGACCAGCACGGCCAUCGAUAAGGACCACGAACGGAAAUUCUCCGUCUGCCAUUUUCCCAAACCCACACACCACAGGAGGCUGGUGAGGGCAGAACGUGUGGAAUGGAGCCCAGUAGCUCAGAACGGCCACUUGGUGAGGAGGGAGGACUCCAGAGGAUCUCUGUUCAUGGAUCCCAGCACUCCAGAUAGCUCUGAGCUCCACAGAAGGGGCUCUGAGCUCCACCGGCGGGGCUCCACUAUGAGCAGCAGUACUACUCUCCCUCCCAUAGGCAGACUGGGCCACUAUGAGAUCAAAGGACUGCUUCUGUGUUUCCUUCACAUCGUCAGGACCGUCUCAGACGACAACCUGCUGGCCUACUGGAACAAGGUCAAUCCUCAGGACAUCAUCAAUUUCCUCAGUCUACUGGAGACAUGCCUGGUGCAGUUCCGUUACGUUGGAAAGAGAAACAUUGGCAGGAGUCAGGAUGCCUGGGUGUCCAAGCUGUUCUCUUCAGACAGGAAGUCCCAGACGAUGCCUGUGAUGCGCUGCAGAGCCGGCCUAAUGCAGAGCAGGCUUCAGCAGUUCAGCACCAUGGAUACCUCUCUCACACUCAACAUAGGGGCUGGUCCCUCGGAGGCAGAGGUCCACCACCAGGCUCUGUUGGAGGGUAAUAUCUCUACUGAGGCCUGCCUCAGUGUACUGGAUGUCCUCUCACACUUCACUCAGUGCUUCAAGAACCAGCUGCUGGACAGCGACGGCCACAAUCCCCUGAUGAAGAAGGUUUUUGACAUCUAUCUGAACUUUCUGAAAGUCGGCCAAUCAGAGGCUGCCCUCAAACACGUCUUCGCCUCCCUCAGGGCUUUCAUGAACAAGUUCCCAACAGCGUUGUUCAAGGGCCGCGUGACUCUGUGUGCGGCUCUGUGCUACGAGGUUCUGAAGUGCUGUGUGUCUAAGAUGGGUCUGCUGCGGGCCGAGGCUUCUGCUCUGCUCUACCUGCUGAUGAGGAACAACUAUGAGUACACCAAGAGGAAGACCUUCCUACGCACUCACCUGCAGAUCAUCAUCGCGGUGAGCCAGCUGAUCUCAGACGUGGCGCUGACCGGCAGCUCCCGCUUCCAGGAGUCCCUCUCCAUCAUCAACAACUUUGCCAACAGCGACAAAGCAAUGAAGUCGACAGCGUUCCCUGGGGAGGUGAAGGGACUGACCAAGCGUAUCCGGACGGUGCUGAUGGCCACGGCCCAGAUGAGGGAGCAUGAGAAGGACCCGGAGAUGCUGCUGGACCUGCAGUACAGCCUGGCACGCUCCUACGCCUCCACCCCCGAGCUACGACGCACCUGGCUGGACAGCAUGGCCCGGGCACACAUCAAGAAUGGAGAUCUCUCAGAGGCUGCUAUGUGUUACAUCCAUGUUGCUGCACUGGUGGCAGAAUACCUCAACAGGAAAAAGAUGUUCCCCAGUGGCCUGGCAGCCUUCAAGAGAAUCACUCUGAACAUCGAAGAGGAGGCCGCCAUGAAGGAAGAUACAGGAAUGCAGGAUGUCUACUACACAGAGGAGGUCUUAGUGGAGCGUCUAGAGCUGUGUGUAGAGGGGCUGUGGAAAGCAGAGAGAUACGAGCUGAUUACACACAUCGCCAAGCUCAUUAUCCCUGUCUACGAGAAACGCCACGAGUUCCAGAAACUGAGCCGUCUGUAUGACACGCUGCACAGAGCCUACAAUAAGAUCCUGGAGGUGAUGCAUACAGGCCGGAGACUACUGGGGACCUACUUCAGAGUGGCCUUCUACGGGCAGGGCUACUUCGAGGAGGAGGACGGUAAGGAGUAUGUGUACAAGGAGCCCAAACUCACUGGCCUAUCAGAGAUCUCUCAGCGCCUUCUAGGGCUCUACGGGGACAAGUUUGGAACGGAAAGCGUCAAGAUCAUCCAAGACUCCAACAAGGUCAACCCCAAAGACCUAGACACCAAGUUCGCCUACAUCCAGGUCACCUUCGUCAAGCCUUACUUUGACGAGAAGGACUGUCCAGAGAAGAAGACGGACUUUGAGAAGUGCCACAACAUCAACCGCUUUGUGUUCGAAACGCCAUACACGCUGACGGGGAAGAAACAUGGUGGGGUGGAGGAGCAAUGCAAGAGGAGGAGCGUACUCACAACGGCCAACACGUUUCCGUACGUGAAGAAGCGUGUGGAGGUGUUGGGGGAGAAGCAGGUAGAGCUGAAGCCUGUGGACGUGGCCAUCGACGAGAUGCGGGCGCGCACCGCCGAGCUGACCAAACUCUGCUCCUCCCAGGAGGUCGACAUGAUCCAGCUGCAGCUCAAACUGCAGGGCUGUGUCUCUGUACAGGUUAACGCUGGUCCGAUGGCGUACGCCAGAGCCUUUCUGGACGACUCCAAAACCAGCAAGUCCCAGUCCAACAAUAAGAAAGCCAUGGAGCUCAAGGAGAUAUUCAGGAGGUUUGUGGAAGCCUGCAGCAUGGCGCUGGACAUCAACGAGCGUCUGAUCAAGGAAGACCAGUUUGAGUACCACGAGGGCCUGAAGGGCAACUUCAAAGACAUGGUGAAGGAGCUGUCAGACAUCAUCCAUGAACAGAUCUUCCAGGAGGAUAUGAUGCGUUCACUGCUCCAGAACUCCUUACACGUAUUCCGUGCCAUCAGUGGGACGUCUACAGACCUGGGCUAAAGUGACUGUAACACAGAGUAGAGCUACCCCCACACACACACACACACACCCUCUGCUAGUUGGAUCCAAACUGGACUUGUCGACUCCCUCGCUCCACACCACAAACUGGAAACCUGUUUAUAAUGUACUUUGGGAUGAGCACUGGUCAGUAUGACUUGGCAUAUUGGCCUUGCUAUUCCCAUUUGCCUUCUCAAACUUCCUGAAUAGUGUUACAUAACUGAGCUCACCAAGAUGUCUGCUACGACGGCCGAGAUAUUCUGAUAUCUUGGCCCAUCUGUGUGCUAGCAGUUUUUGGAGAAUGUAUUAUGUACUACCGAUAUUACGAAAUUGAUCAAAUGUCAGGUCUUGCUGUUGAGUCAUGUAUUAAGUGACAUUGCACUUUUUUCUCUUGAACGACCAGAUUCUUGAAUUACUUGUAUUCUUUAAUGGCGAGGGGGAGAUGUUAUUUUGUAAUGUUUCAUUUGUUUAAAUUCUGGACUGUUGCAACUCAAAGCUCUAUGCAGAUUGACUUAAUCUCUUCAAUCAAAGGCAGUGUUGACCAUUCAAAUAGAAACGGUUUCUAUGGUGUUAACACUUUACCACUGCAGAUAUUAGCCUACCUACCUUCUAAAGAGAUAAGUCAUGUACGGUAUGUGGAUCAUCUGGGUGUGUUCAGUAGGGGUGGAACGUUUUGAAACAGGGCGGAACUACUACCUGAAUUUGUCCAAUAAAAACACAGAUUAUUGUGUUACGUUGCAAACCAUUUUGCUACGGAGUGCCCUGCUGAACACGACCCAGGUAAUGGCUGCCUUUUGUCCAUAAUCAAUGCAAAGCUGUUGUUUGCCUUGCACACUGCAUCAAAUGGUUGCUUCAGAGAGCAAAUGCAUUACAUUUAAGUGCUGGGAGUCUAUUCUGCAAUGGUCUAAGGUGGCUUAUAUUGCUGAUGUUUUAGGAACAAACCAACAGUAACCCAUCGGUUGUCUGUAUUCGUCUAUAAGAAAGAUGUACAGUAAGGUUUAAUGCAGUAUACUCUGAUGUCAAAUUGUCAGUCACUCUGUAAUAACCCAAUGCUCAGACAGUUUCUUAAGAUGUUGAACUUUAUGUUCUGACAUGGGGUGUGUUCUUUGACAUUAAGUCAAUGAUGAUUGAUUAGCCUGGUCCCAGAUCUGUUGGUGCUGCCUUGCCAACUCAGGCAGUGUAAUUCUUAUCUGAUUGGUCAAAAGACCUAUUAUUGUGGGACCAGGCUGUUGAUUUUGAUUGAUGUCUCUAUCACAGGGGUAUUCAAAUCUUACCUUACAAGGUCCGGAGUACUACUAGUUUUCUGUUCUACCUGAUCAUUCAUUGCACCCACCUGGUAUCCCUGGUCUAAAUCAGUCCCUGAUUAGAGGGGAAUAAUGGAAUAAAAGAAAGCAGUGGAACUGACUGAGGUUCAGAUUUGAAUUUGAGGGAUCUAUCAGCUGGCUGGACCUAUUGAUCUGCUAGUCCUUACAUCUCUCCUCAGAAAAGUCUCCUGUCCUAUUUCAAGUAAUAAUACAACUCCAACACAUGCUGAUUGUACAGUAUUUCACAAGUGCUACACUGAAAUUAGCAGAUAGAUGAUAAUAAUAUGCAGAUGUAUAUAAUGUUUUGCUGUAAAAGAAGAAAGGUGCGUGCGUGCGUGCGUGUAGCUACAUAUUUAUAUUUGUGCUGUUUCUGGACCAAUGUUUGCGUUGGUUUGAGAAUAGUCUUAUUUCUCUGAUUGUGUCUGAUUUUGAUUUGCCAUUGUAAUUACACUGUAUCUAAGUACAGAUGCUUGUUCAACAUAUCUUUGUUAAGCCAUUUUUUCAAUAAAAAAAAGGUUUUGCGAAAAA